AUGAUGGACGAGAUAUCCAAGAGCGACACGACGAUAGCCGUCAAGCCUGUCCAAGACAUCGAAAUGACAUCCGCGCCAGGCUUGCACUUCAGCCCAGCACUGGAGAAGGCGCUCGAGGAAUGUCGACAGAAAGUCGAAGCGAUUGCAAAAGACUGCAGAGGGAAAAACGUUAAGUUCAGGUGCGCCCAAUUAGAUCUUCCUGUGUGGAGUCCGUCUCAUGCAGACGGGAAUAGAGACAUGGAAUUCGACCUCCAGGGAGACGAGCGGCGCUGUUGGAACGCCUUCUGGGGUACUGCAGCAAGAGCGCCCACUGACGUACUGCGUGUCACAGAAAUCUUCGACAAACCGGUUUUCUUCAAUGCAGCUGAGUUGGGAAAGCCCAAGUCGGAGGACAUCAUCCAAGGCGCGCUCGGCGACUGUUGGUUCUUAUCAGCGCUCGCGACGAUAGCAUCAGUUCCCGGCCUCAUUGAGGAGAUAUGCGUUGCUCGAGACGAGGAGGUUGGGGUAUAUGGCUUUGUUUUCCACCGGGAUGGUCUCUGGAAACCUGUCAUCAUCGACGAUCUGCUGUUUACCAAUAUCCCUAAAUACGAGGAGCUGAAAGAGGUUGAGAAGGAACUUUACCACCACGACAAGGAUCUCUACACUAAACUAGCCAGGAAAGGCAAAAAGAUCCUGACUUACGCCAAGUCUGGUGCACAGGAUGAGACUUGGGUUCCCCUCAUUGAGAAGGCCUACGCAAAGUUCUAUUGCAACUACGACCACUUGAACGGAGGUUGGACGGGAGAAGCCAUUGAAGACUUGACCGGGGGAAUUGCGAAGGUCAUCGAGGUCAAGGAUAUCCUUAACAUCGACCAAUUCUGGACGGAGGAGCUUCUCAACGCCAACCGGGACCGUGUCUUUGCUUGCGCAUUCCAUCAGCUGGACUCGAGCCGGAAUGGUGUGGGGAACGCGAGAGUCCAAGGACUCGUGGGAUCUCAUGCCUACUCCGUCCUUCGUGCUGUCGAGUGCAAGGGAAGACGAUUCCUCGUCGUCCGGAAUCCUUGGGGUGACUCUGAGUGGACCGGACCAUGGGCAGAUGGCUCCAAGGAAUGGGAUUCCGAAUUGGUUAAGAUCCUUCCUGAGCUGGGACACCAAUUUGGUGAUGACGGUCAAUUCGUUAUGGAGUACUGUGAUUUUCUCCGGUGCUUCGAGAUCAUUGAGAGAACCCUUCUACUCGAUUCCUCGUGGAAACUGGCUUCUAAAUGGCUCCAGGUUCCCCUCCCUCCUGCGGGUGUUCCUCCAUCAUUUGGCGACAUCUCGUUUGAACUGACCAUUCCGACUUCGAGCAAAACAAUAAUGGUUCUCUCCAAACUCAACCAACGCUUUUUCAGAUCUGCCAAUGAUUGGGUCUCGUACACGAUGGACUUCGCAGUCGUAAAGGUCGGGCAGUCGACACCUCUAGGCACGUCGACCGCAAUUCUGCGCGGUAACCGGAGUAUCAGCCUCGAACUCGACCUUGAACCUGGAACCUACCGAGUCUACGCUAGAUUGGACACCUGGGAAUACAUCCUCGGACAGAAUAUCCCUCUUAAUAGGAGUCUUGACGAUUAUGUCCCUGGCCGAGAUCUGGCGCGAUUUAUCUCCAAUAAGAUUGAGGCUACCCAAAUCGCCCCCAACGCCUACACUAGUGCUGUUGCCAAAUUCAGGGCCCUAACUUUGGAAGAAGUAAUAGCCCGGGAUAACAAGAAAGACAACGCUUCGGCACUGAGGAAAUUCAUUAACAAAAUGAGGAGUCACAACAGGUCAAGAAGGUCUGCUUUUCCGGAAGUCGCCCACUCACACGACGGUACCUUCGAGAGCGAUCUACGGGAGGUGUUGGUGGACGGCAAUAAACCGAUCGUGGGGUUGAAGGUGUACACCAAAAGUACUACGGCUGCCACAGUGAAGGCUCGAUUGAACGAUGACCAGUACUUCUGA